GGGUUCUGGAGAUUGUCUCAGAGGGGUGUCCGGAGCCUGGCAGUGAGGGCCAGAGGGCAGAGACAGAGAGAGACACAGCAAAGGAAAGACACAGGGAGAAAGAAAGAGAAGGACCCCAAAGGGACAAGGACCCCAGUAUUCAUCAACAUAGCCUCAGCCACAGCGGAAGCCAGCCCAGGGAGAAGCUCUGCUGCUGGUCUGUCCCCAUGGGCCACCCUGAGCCAUGGCUGCAGGCGUCUCUCCUCUGGGCUGCCAUGGCCAGCCUGCUCCUCCCCCCUGCUAUGACCCAGCAGCUGAGAGGGGCUGGGCUGAGCCCCAGCAACUGGAACAACAAUGCAGGCGUCCCCGGGCCCACAGAGGACGCAUCAGGCAAGUUCGGUCACUCCGGGCACAGCCAUAGAAGCCAUGGGGAUGAGAACAGCGAUGUCUCCACAGAGAGUGGGCAUCAUUUCUGGGCCUCUGGAGACCACGGAGAAGAGGAAGAAGAUGUCUCCAAAGCAGCCCAUCCCCGCCAAGGCCACAGGUACCAAGGCCAUGAGGUGGGAGAUGAGAACAUCUCUGAGGAGGAGGGAACCACAGAGCACGCUCCGCAGGCGGGUGGGCACAGAGGCCGUGGGAGCAAAGACGUGGAUGAUUCAGCUGAGCCCAGGCACCACUUCCCCAGCCGUGGGAGCCACGGCCACCAAGAUGAGGAUGAAGAUGAAAUUGUGUCCAGCGAGCGACACCAUCGUAUCAUCAGGCAUGUAUGCCGAGGCCAUGGAGAAGAGGGGGAGGAAGAGGAGGAGGAAGGGGGCAUCUCCACCGAGUAUGGACACCAGGCCCACGGGCACCGAGACCACGGGAUGGAAGAGGACGAAGACGUCUCAGCUGAACGUCACCAUCAUGGUCCCAGCCGUGGGCACCAAGGCCACGAAGAAGAAGAUGAUGAUAAUGAUGUCUCCACUGAGCACAGACACCAGGUCCACGGGCACCGAGUCCAUGGGAUGGAAGAGGACAAAGACGUCUCAGCUGAACGUCACCAUCACGGCCCCGGCCACAGACACCGAGGCCAUGAAGAAGAAGAAGAUGACGACAAUGAUGGUGACUCCGCUGAGUACAAAUAUCAGACGCACGGGCAUCAAGGCCAAGAGAAGGAAGAGGAUGGAGACGUCUCAGACUCGCACCACCGUCAUGUCCCUGGCCACGGACACCCAGGCCACAGAGAUGAGGAGGAUGAGGAUGAGGUCGUAUCCACUGAACACUGGCACCAGAUUCCCAGACAUACCCACCAUGGCCUUGGAGAUGAGGAGGAGGAAGGAGAGGAGAUCACGGUCAAGUUCAGCCACCAUGCUGCAAGCCCCCAAGGCCACAAGAGCACUGAGGAGGAGGAGGACUUCCCAAACGAAUAUACGAGAGAGAGCCCUGGUCGUCACCACCCCGGGGUCCCCAAGGAGGAAGAUGAGGACAUCUCCACCAAGCUUGGCCACCAGCCUGCCAGCCACAGGCAGCAAGGCCACAGAGGAUCCAUCAAAGAAGAGUCUAGCUCCCACCCCCGGGAACACAUGGGGGUCAAGGAUGGAAGCCAUUUAGGGGAGGGUGAUUCCGAGGAGGAAGAGGAAGAGGACCACAGCUCCCCUGAAGAGGAUGAUGAAGGUUCAGAAGAGGAAGGAGAAGGCACCCACCAGGGCAGCCUGGACCGGGAGGAUGAGGAAGACGAGGAGGAAGGUCAUGGCCUCAGCCUGAGCCAGGAGGAGGAGGAAGAGGAGGAGGAAGAGGAGGAGGAGGAAGAGGAGGAGGAGGAGAGGAGGGAAGAGAGGGCUGAGGUUUGGGUCCCACUGAGCCAGGACCACCAGGAGGAAGAGGACGAGGAGGAGGGGCUGGAGGAGGAGGAGGAGCUGCCCGUCACCAUCAUCCCCAACCCACUGGCUGGCAGGGAGGCGGGAGGUGCCUCCAGCGAGGAGGAGAGUGGUGAAGACGUGGGUCCCCAGGGUGCCCAGGAAUACGGGAACUACCAGCCAGGAUCCCUGUGUGGCUACUGCUCCUUCUGCAAUCGAUGCACUGAAUGUGAGAACUGUCACUGUGACGAGGAGAACAUGGGAGAGCACUGCGACCAGUGCCAGCACUGCCAGUUCUGCUACCUCUGCCCGCUGGUCUGUGAAACAGUCUGCAGUCCAGGAAGCUACGUCGACUAUUUCUCCUCUUCCCUGUACCAAGCCCUGGCAGACAUGCUGGAAACUCCAGAAGCCUGACCCCCACCCCCCCACUACCCCCGCCUCGCGGCUGCGGAGCAGACACAUCUCCCUGGCCCUCCAGCCCCUUUCCAGAGCCAUAUUUAUUUCUCUAAAUAAACGUGCUCCCCGAAACCUCA